AUGGACGCCUACGAGGCCACCAAGGUGGUGUUCGCGCGGGUGCAGGCGCUGCACCCGGACCUCGCCUCCAAGAUCAUGGGCAUGCUCCUCAUCCAGGACAAGAGCGAGGAGGACAUGAUCCGCCUCGCCUUCGGCCCCGAGCACCUGCUCCAUGCCGUCGUCGCCAGGGCACGCGCCGACCUCGCCGCGGCCGCCCACCACAGCAAGCCCUCCUCCCCGCCCACGGCGUCCUGGGGCACCGGGCUGCCAGCGGAGGACGCGCCGUUCCCCGGCGUCGACCAGGCCAGGUACGAAGGCGGCGGGGAAGGGUUUUACCCGCCAGAGGAGUUCGGGUGCUGGUCCCCGGCGAGCGGCGGGCAGCACCGCCGGAGCUUCUCGCUGAGCGACGCCGAGGCGGCGGCCGGCGGGUGGAAGCCGUGCAUGUACUACGCGCGCGGCUUCUGCAAGAACGGCUCCUCCUGCCGCUUUGUCCACGGCCUGCCUGACCACGUCACCGAGCAGGACAUGGAGGUCUGGACGGCGGCCAUGCGGUCGGAGCUCAUGUCGCCGGCCUUCCCCUUCUCGCCGUCGCCCAGAGGCCUCAACUUCCUGCUCCAGCAACAGCAGCAGCAGCAGGGCGACUCCCAGAGGGCGGUGGCGGCGGCCAUGCUUCUUGGCGGUGGAGGCGGCGACGACAUGCACAAGUUCUCCGUGCGGUCGCCUCGGAUGGACCGCGGUGGCGACCUGGCCUCCAGCCCCGCCGCGCGGCAGAUCUACCUGACAUUCCCGGCCGACUCCACCUUCAGCGAGGAGGACGUGUCCUCCUACUUCAGUUACUACGGGCCGGUGCAGGACGUGCGCAUCCCGUACCAGCAGAAGCGCAUGUUCGGCUUCGUCACGUUCGUGUACGCGGAGACGGUGCGGCUCAUCCUCGCCAAGGGGAACCCGCAUUUCGUCUGCGACGCGCGCGUCCUCGUCAAGCCCUACAAGGAAAAGGGCAAGGUCCCCGACAGGAAGUUCCAGGCCCCGCACCAUGGCGACUUCGCCGGAUGCACGACGCCCACCGGGCUGCUCGACUCCAGGGACCCCUUCGACCUCCAGUCGCCGCAGAUCGGGCCGAGGAUGAUGUUCGGCAACAUUGGCGGCCACGAGGCGUUCCUGCGGAGGAAGCUGGAGGAGCAGCAGCAGGCGGCGGAGCUGCAGCAGGCCAUCGACCUGCAGAGCCGCCGCUUCAUGGGGCUGCAGCUUCUCGACCUCAAGAGGGGCCACCACCAUCUUGGCUCCCCCGUAGCCCCGCCGUUGGCUCUCCGGCAGACCGAUGGCAUCGGCAACAGCAAUGCCAUUCAUUUGGAGGAUGCUGCAAUCCAAGAUCACAAGAUGAGCAGUGCCAUGAUGAUGGCGUCUGCUCCUGCUGCUAUUUGUGCCACCAUUGCCACAGAAGGCAAGCAGGAGGAGGAGGGCGACGGGAGUGCCAACCAAGGGGUCAACUCCGGGGAAGAUGAGAAGAGGGAACCUGGUCCUCCUCCUGGAGCAGCAGCGGCCAGCGCUAAUGGAUUCCAAGAAAGCGGCGUGGAGGAGCACAACCUGCCUGACAGCCCCUUUGCAUCUCCCACAAAGACGAAGGAUGCUGCUGCUGCAUCUUCCUCUGCAGAGCCAGCCCUCGCUGGUAGCAUCAUGAGCAACAACGGCAGCCCUCAUCUGGUGGCCUCGUCUCUGUUCCCUCCUACCCCAACUGCCCUUGAGCUGCCCCCUUACAAAUCCUGCUUCUUCCAAGUGCCCAGGGAAAGCCAUGAGCACCCCAUGAAGCGAGUGGAUGGAAGUCGGCCGAUUCCGGCCAUCCCUGCCGCCCCCGGCAAGAUGCGGAUGGGAGUGCGGCAGUGCGCCAAGAACUUCAGCUGUGACUGCGUCUUCCUGGACCUUUGA